CCGUAUAUAACGCCUGGAGUUGCACGCCAAGUUGCAAAUAAUCGAAAAACGCAAGGCAAACGGAGCGGAGAAGCGUUAUCGCGGGUUGGCUGUGGUUAGGAGAUACGCUGAGGGCCCGCUGGCCUCUGCGAUGUUUAAGAUAUGAGAGCAUUACAUACAUGGCUCUGCGUUACAUAUGUGUGAAAUGAAACGACGACCCUCCUGGUCGGCUGUUUUUAUUGAGCCUAGCAGAGUGCGCUUUCAUCUAUUGGCGUUCAUCAUUGACUGUGUCUUAAGAAAGUGAACUCGCCAGAGGCGAAUCACGCUUCAUCGUAGAUAACUUAGAGCCUUGAUCAAGGCUGUUGCAAGGUGAUUAGGUCAGUUGUGUGAGCCUCCUUGAUGAAUACUUCUGACCAGCAAUGCUACUCAGAGUCUGAAAGGCGGGCGGAAGACGAGGCGAUGAAGCGAGCCCAGGCGAGGCAGCGGAUCGAGCAGUAUUACCAUCAACUGACGGAGGGCUGCGGGGACUCCAACUGUGCCAACGCCCACUGCUGCUCUAAUGCUCAGGUGGAGCCGCUGCCACCGAACCAGGCAGCGGUGCGCGCGGUCCACCUGCUGACGGUGUCGGCGCCGCUGUGUCAGGCGACGCGCAACAAGGUACGCCGCACGGCGGCCGGCCCCGCCCCCUCACCGCCACCGCCCUCCAGCGGCCGGUCCGCCGCCGGGCCCGCCGCUGCCGCCGCCGCCGCUGCCGCAGCUGCUGCCGCCGCCGCCACCCAGGCCGCCGAGCCGGAUGCCGACGGCGACUGGACCGCCGACCGGCUGAUCAGUCUGGUGCAGGACAGCGCUCGCGCCAGGGACUACACGCAGGUCAUCCGCGCCAUCGGCCACAUCUUCUCGGACACGGAGACGCUGAAGCGCAGCUUUCUGCGGCGGAGCGACGCGCCGCCCGAGAAGGGCCAGCUGGAUGCCGGCGAGAAGGAGGGUGCCUGCGCCGCCGCGGCCGCCGCGCCGCCGCCGCCACUGUCGCCGCUGGACCUGGAGAGCGUACGGCGCGUGUUCAGCCUGCUCUUCUCCACCGGCGACUCACCAUUUACGGCCGCGCUGGUGACAGCGCUCACCACGCUGGCCGACGGCCUGCGCGCCAGCUUGCAGUUCCGCAACGGCUACCACAGCGACCCGGACCUGCUGAACGUCUUCCUGCUGGUGAUGGAGAUCCCCGUGCUGAGCAGUUCUGAGUUUUUGGAGCUGGCCUUGCCGCGGCUGUGCCAGGCGGCCGUCUGGCUGCCGCUGGCAGCGCAGGUGCAGCUGGUGCGGCUCUGGGCCCGGUACCCGGCCGACCGACUCCGGCACAUGGUGCAGACGCUGCAGCAGCUCAUCUCCGUCAAGGUGAUCGAGCAGGAGGCGACGCGUGGCUACCAGGCCACCGACGACGAGGCCGUCACAGCGCCCGUCCGCCUCAUCCGUCUGCUCUACUACGCCAGUCUGGUGGGUGGCCGCUGCGACUCUGCGGCGGCGCGCGAGCAGCCGGCCGGCAGCUGCCGACCGCCGCCGGCUGCCGCCGACUCCCUGCUGCCGUCCGCCAAGGAGUACGCGCCGCCGCCCGACGAAGACCCGCUGGAGCGCGAGCUCGGCACGCGCCCCAUAGACUGCCGAGUGCCACUAGUCGGCUUUGACGAGUUCUACAACGAGCCCCUCAGCGAGGCAGUGGAGAUGGACCAUGACUACCGCUAUUACAAGGAGCACCCGGAGCGGUUCAGCUUCAUGCGGCACCCGUUCGUGCUGACGCCGGCCACCAAGUCGCUGGGCCUGUACUACGACAGUCGGAUCCGCAUGUACCACGAGCGCCACCUGGCCAUAGUGCACAACCUGGUGCACGGCGCCGGCCAGCCGUACCUGCGACUGCGUGUGCGGCGCGACUUCAUUAUCGAGGACGCGCUGGUGGAGCUGGAGAUCAUGGCGCUGGAGAAUCCCAGCGACCUGAAGAAGCAGUUAGUGGUGCAAUUCGAGGGCGAACAGGGUGUGGACGAGGGCGGCGUGUCCAAAGAGUUCUUUCAGCUUAUUGUAGAAGCGAUCUUCAACCCGGACUAUGGCAUGUUCACAUACAACGAAGAGACGCGAGCGUACUGGUUCAACCCAACCUCGUUUGAGAACGACGCCCAGUUCACGCUGAUCGGCAUUGUGGUCGGCCUGGCGCUCUACAACAACGUCAUACUGGACAUCCGCUUCCCGAUGGUGGUGUACCGAAAGCUCAUGGGACAGAAGGGCACGUUCGAGGACCUCAGCGAGCUGAGUCCGACGCUGUUCCGAAGCCUGACCUCGAUGCUUGAGUACGACGGCGACGAUAUGGAGGAUGUGUUCGUGCAGAGCUUCCAGGUGGGCUACACGGACGUGUUCGGUGCCAAGCUGACUCAUGACCUGCGCCCCAACGGCAGCCAGCUGCUUGUGAACCGCACCAACGUGCAGGAUUUCGCGGACAGCUACGCCGACUUCCUGUUGAACUCGUCGGUGCAGCGUCAGUUCCGGGCGUUCCGGCGGGGCUUCACCAUGGUCACGGACGAGUCGCCGCUCUGGGGCCUCUUCCGGCCGGAGGAGGUGGAGCUUCUUGUCUGCGGCAGCAAGGACUACGACUUCAGGGAGCUGGAGGCCGGCACGGAGUACGAUGGCGGCUUCACGCGCGACUCUCUGGCCGUGCGCCGCUUCUGGGAGGUCGUGCACGACGAGAUGACGGCCGAGCAGCGGCGCCGUCUGCUGGAGUUCACCACCGGCUCGGACCGCGUGCCGGUCGGCGGCCUCCGCAAGCUCAAGCUCAUCAUCGCCCGCAACGGUCCCGACACGGACCGGCUACCCACGGCGCACACCUGCUUCAACGUGCUGCUGCUGCCCGACUACCGGACGCGGGAGAAGCUCCGCGAAAUGGUGCUCAAGGCCAUCACGUACAGCAAGGGGUUCGGCAUGUUGUAGCGUCGCUCACUGCCAUC